AUGUUUCAUCGGAUACAAGACGAUGAGAAUUUUCUGGACUCCGUAAUUUUCAGUGAUGAGAGCACGUUUCAUGUCAGUGGUAAGGUCAAUACCCACAACUGCAGAAUCUGGGGCAGCGAAAAUUCACGUGUAUCCCUGGAACAUGUUCGUGAUAGCCCAAAGGUGAACGUGUUUUGUGCCCUUAGCACAGAAAGAGUGUACGGCCCCUUCUUCUUCAUGGAGAGGACCAUUACCGGUAGCGUAUAUCUAGACAUGCUCCAAGAGUUCCUCAUUCCACAGUUAGACGAAGAUGACCAAGAAGGACGCAUUCACUUCCAGCAAGACGGCGCACCUCCUCAUUACCUUGGAGAAGUGCACGAGUACCUCAACGCCCGUUUCCCAGGUCGAUGGAUUGGUAGAGCGGCGCCGAUAGCAUGGCCACCUCGUUCCCCGGAUCUUACUCCCCUGGAAUUUUUCUUAUGGGGAUUCGUUAAAGAUCGAGUCUUCGUACCAUCUUUGCCUGCAAAUGUCGUUGAGCUCCGAGCUCGAAUUACUGCCUCAGUUGCAGAAAUGACGCCAGAGAUGCUACGUAGUGUGUGGCUAAGAGACUGA